UCCGUGGCUGCCCCCUAGCGGCGCCAUGCGGCCCAGUGCUUUGCAGCUCGCCGCGCAGUUGUGCGAGGCUCUGCGGGGCGAGGACGACGCGAGGGUGGCCGCCCUGCUUCUGGAGGGAGCCAACCCCAACUUGGUUCUGCCUGAGGGGGUGGCUGCCAUGCACUUGGCUGCCGGUGUGGAGCAGGAGGACGGGAUCCACCGCCUCAGCCGCCUCCUCCAGCAUGGCGGAGACCCCAAUGUCAGAUCUGGAGAAGACCUCACCCCUGUCCACGUUGCAGCUUCCUGGGGAUGUGUGGCCUGCUUAAGACUCUUGCUGAUGGAGGGAGGGGACCCUUGCCUGGAAGACCAGGAUGGGAACACUGCCAUCGACUUGGCUCUGGAGCAGGACAAUGAAACGUGUGUCAGCAUCCUGCAAGGCGAAGGAUGGAGCAGCUGCGUCUCUCAGCGAAGAGCAGAAAGCUUUCUCUCCACCGUAACGGAAGAUCCUGGGGAAACUGGUCCUGUUGACUCUCACCCCUGCCCAUCUGGUAGACCCCCACUGUCCUCCCUAAAGGAGGCUCGUCAGCACGGGGAGCUGCGUGGGGCCUUCUCUCAGCCUGGAGGAGCCACUCCGAAUGGUGCCCUGGGGAAUUGCCAGGAUCGGUCGGCCUCUUCCUUUCUCACCGAGUGUUCCUGGCAGGGCAACACGCUUUAUGAUCUGUCCGACUUCUGUGUUCAACCGGCAGCCUCCGCCAACGCCUCGUGCCCCUCCAACAAGCCAGUUUCAAGUCAUGCUGAAGGAGUGACUUGCUGGCACAGUGAGGUGGCAUCAGAGCGGGGCGCUGGUGCGAACCAGCCUUGCGAUGUCCAAAGCCCUACAGAGGGAAGGCUCAGCUCACCUCCCAGGCCCGGUGCGGUCCUUCUCGGAAACGCUUUAGUGGUCCCCGAGACCCUCUUCUCCAGGGGGAGACCGGAAACGCCACGUGUUGCAGCGUCCCCGGAGAAGCCCCUGCCCGCUCCCAGCCAGGGAAUUAAGUCUGAGCCGGAAGCGGACCAGUGUUUUAGCCCAGAGGACCCCAGCACUUGCCGCCUUUCUUGGUGCCCUGGCUUCCUCGAUCCCAGCCUUGUAGUGCGGCUCGCCGGCCGGGAGGGGGCAGACGUUGCCUCGCCCGACCACGCCUGUCUGUCCUCCUGGGCCGAAGCCACGGCCGUGUCAGACUUGGGAAAGACUGUGGUCAACCCAGCCCCUUUCCUGGGGGGCAGCAGGGCUCCGGAUGGGCGCUCUGCGAGAGGAAGGUCGCUGAGCAGGUGCUCAGCCACCAGCACCGAUUGGUACGUUUCGUGUGUGAGUGAAUGCUACUCAAGCACCGUUGAGGGCCAUGUUCAGAAAUGGGAAGGUGGGGAGGCUGCCUUCUGCUGCACUCCUGAUGGCCCCAGUGUCAGCAACGGCGGGUCGUGUUCUGGGCCGCCAGCCGGCAGCCCAGAAGGAGGUGCAGGGACCUCCUUGGAGACGGGUCUCGGUGGCCAGAGGACCGUUCCCACCAGAUUGGGAUGUCCACAGCUCUUGCCAGAAGGAGCUGCCCAGACCUCUCCUGGGAGUCAAGAUUUGGUUCUCCCCCACCCUAGGAAGAGGGAGGGUCCUGAGAAGCCGUGGGAGGCUUUGCGGAGGAGGGCUAGCUACACUGUGGACCCCCCCAAGCUGACCGUCAUGAGAGCAGAGAGCAGGGCUUCGGCGACCAGAGGCCCCGUUGAGAUUCAGGGGCUGCCAGCAGAACACCAGGGGACCACCCUGCCUGAAGUGAGGGCAUUGCUGGGCGGGAAGGGGGGUCUGCAAAGGCUGGAUCUCUGUCCGAGUCCCCAGGAUGCAGCAGAGGGGAAACCGAGCUUGUUCACUCAGGACACUCUUCCUGUCCGGAGGGCCUUGGAGGAGAGGAAUCGUUUCCACGGCAGUGGGAGUCCCGAUCCACUUGACACAGGGGUGGCCCUCCAUCCGACUGCCAGCGGCGGCGAAGAGGCCCCCGCCAGCCUGGACUCAAAGCUGUGCUCAAUGAUGCUGGCAACCAAGGUCUUCCAUUCCCCGCUACUCCAGUCAAACCGAAAGGGCUGCCCUGCUGUGCCCCAACCCCAAAGCCCCACGAUUCGGCCCCUGCCACAUGACAGCCUCAGCUCCUCCUCUCUUUUCGAUGAGACCCUGGAGAUGCCGCGGCGUCCCAGGCGAGUGAGGACCCCCAGGGGCCCCAGGCCAGCCUUGGACCAAGGGGCUACUGCUGGGAAUCUUGGACACCCGCCUCCCCCAGCCAGAGAAGCUGAUGAGCCGGAGGGGGGCAGAUCCGUCCUGGCUGUUCCCAGCAGGAGUAAGCCAGCUCAGAGCCCCGGACCUCGACCUUUGGGCCGUUCUCUCGCCAGCCCGAGGAGACACGUUUGCAGAGGUGAAGAUCUGUUGGGCGGGACAGAUUUGGAGGCGAAAAAGCCCUCUCUGGGGGAUGGACAGGCCAGUUGCGAUGCUCCUGAAAUCCCAGAGGUUGGGGAUCUGGAGGGCCCAGGUGCCCAAGGGUCUCCAGGCAAGAGGGCACAGAAGCCCUCCAGAGUUAGUUUCAGCCGGCUGUCUGCGAGGGGGCCGUCUGCCUCUUGCCACCCAGGGAGGUUGAGCCCCAUCAGCCAGGACGUCCCGCUGUCGCCUGGGGGCCGGCCUGCCAACCUGAGUGCCACGGCACCCGUGGAAUACCUGUAUGUGGACGAGGAGGAAGGGCACACCCUUGUCGAGCGGCACAUCCCCCCCGCAGAUGACUCCGUGGCCAGCGCCAGUAGCUCUGAAGGCACCAUCAUUUACGACUGGCAGGCGUAUGCCAGGGAAGCAGCCGGGGGAGGCCAGGGGAACGGGGGAAGUGCCCCCUUGAACUCUGGCCUCCUGUCAGAUGAAGCCCUGGCACGCAAGCUACGUGACUUUGGGGUCAACCCAGGGCCAGUGACGGCGCUCACCCGGAAGGUGUACCUGCAGCUCUUGGAGAAGCUGAGCAGGGACCCGAAGACCGAGGCCCGGAAGGGCUCUGCAGCCUGCAGCCCGGAGCUUGCUUCCGCCCUGGAGACGUACCAGAUCCCCGACUCCAAAGCUGACGAAAUGGCUCUGGCCACGCAGUUCGACCGGCCGGACAAGAGCCGGAAGUGGCGGGAGGGGCUGCUCAAGUCCAGCUUUAACUACCUGCUGCUGGACCCCAGGGUGACCCAGAACCUGCCCUUCCGCUGCCAGUUCCUCACCCAGGCAGAAUGCUUCCAGACGUUCGUCAGUGCCGUCUUCUACGUGGGCAAGGGGAAGCGCUCCCGGCCCUAUCGCCACCUCUACGAAGCCUUGACCCACCAUAGGGAGGGCCGGAGGAAGCGGGGGGCGCAGGCCUGCUCCAAAGUCCGGCACAUCCUGGAGAUCUGGGCCAGCGGGCAGGGGGUCAUCUCCAUGCACUGUUUCCAGAACGUCAUUCCCGUGGAGGCAUAUACCAGGGAGGCCUGCAUGGUGGAUGCCAUUGGGCUGAAGAUGCUGACCAAUCAGAAGAAAGGGAACUAUUAUGGCACCGUUGCCAGCUGGCCCAUGAAACGCCGCCGGAGCCUGGGGGUCUACCUGCUGCACCGAGCUCUGCAGAUCUUCCUGGCCGAGGGGGAGCGGCAGUUGCGCCCCGCCGAUAUCUGAACUGGCCCCUGGCUGGGGGCCCUAGGGCUCUUCCUCAACUGCAGUGCAAGUGGGGCACUGGGGUCUCGCACGG